GGAAGGAAGGGCGCGGGCAGAGAGGGGAGGUGCGGGCGCUGUCGCACUGUGCGCGCGUCACGAGCAGGAGGUGGAGGCAGCGCGGUCGCGCUGCGGGAAGGGCGAGCGGGGCAGAAGGAGCUGGAGCCCCCAGCCCUCGGGCAGGAUUCAGCGUUCCCAUCCCUCGGCUCCGCCUGGCUGAGCCAGAGCUCUUCGCCACUGCACUUUACAGCCUGGCACCUUGAUGGAAACAGAAGUUGAUGGUGGCCCGAGAUAUUUGUGGGGGUUGAAAGGCUUGAACUCCAGCUGAAUAAAACAAGGGCUGAAAAUUGAAGGAUGGCAGCAAAUCCUUCAGGACAAGGUUUCCAGAAUAAAAAUAGGGUUGCAAUCCUGGCAGAACUAGACAAGGAGAAGAGAAAGUUACUUAUGCAAAACCAGUCUUCCACAAAUCACCCUGGAGCCAGCAUUGCGCUUGCAAGAUCACCUCUGAAUAAGGAUUUUCGUGAUCAUGCUGAGCAACAGCACAUUGCAGCACAGCAGAAGGCUGCACUGCAGCACGCACAUGCACAUUCCUCAGGAUACUUCAUAACUCAAGACUCUGCAUUUGGAAAUCUUAUUCUUCCUGUCUUACCUCGACUUGAGGCAGAAUGAGGAGUGGUGUUUGUCUCAGAACUUCAAGACGUGAUCUUUGUCCAUAGCAGGAGCUGUCUGACCUUUUAAUUUCUUUAUGUAUCUUAAAACCUACUUUUUUCUGGGUUUUUGCAAAUGCCAUUCAGGAGUGUGAACUCUAGUUAUGGGGAAGUAGUGUUGUUGAAAAAUUUUUAUCCUGUAUUUCUGUUCCUCUGUCAGGUCGAAGUCAAAUGCAAGACUUUUCUUGGGGUUUGAAGUGCACAGGGUAUUCUCUUCCCUGUUUCAGUGCUUCCUUUAAAUAAAUGUCCAAACCAGAGUCACCAAGAGAUGCACAAACUGUCAGGAUUUGUGGUUUUUUUUAUUAUGUACAGGUAUGAUUUUUGUAAUGAAUAACAAAAAUUACUUCUGUCCAUCAAAACAGACACGAAUUUAUCAAAUGCAUCAGCCAGUCUUCCUCCCCCACCCCCUCCUAUGCAGGAACAUUUCUAGUGUACUGUUUGCCAUUGUAGCAUCAUCUGGUCUCAAGUCCUUGGUUAUAGUGUGCCUGCCUCUUACCUUGUUUUGUGAAAUAUGAAAAUGAAUUAAAGUGGGGAAAAAAGCAAA